GAAUUCUCAUUUUGUUGUAACCCAGAAAAACUACUGAAAGAAGGAGAUUACGCUGAAAACUCUAAUAUCUAAUUACGCAUAUCAACGCUCUCGCUCAUCGUUGAUUCGUUCGCUAUUGCUUUUGCUCGCGGCUUGCCCGUGACUCUCCACGCUUCCCCGACUUAUCCAAGACGACCAAGACAAAACAUCUCGAGAGCCCGCUUCUCGGAUCAGCACCGCAGUUGGUAUCUCCUGUUUGGUGUGGUCCACUGACAGCUGCGCGUUUGUUGUCAUUUCAAGUCUCCGGCUGUAGAGCAACACCGUUUGUUCCGUGGACGGCGCAACUGAAACAAUCGCCAGAGCGCGCUUCUUGCGACCUUCAGCAUCUUGUCGUCAUCAGGGUUGAGCAUCUCAUUAUCCCAACCUGCUCUCCAAAGGUGGAUCUCAGCUUGGUCCGUCUUCCAAUAUCGCACCUGUUGUCGCCAGCCCUUGGAAAGGUUCGAGCUGGACCCAACUGGCGUGGAGCCUUGUCUCGGUUGAGGACACCUCCUUUUGACAGAAUAGAGCAAAAGAUCUCUCGACUGCCUUUUUGGUUUGCCAAGCGCGUUUUGUCCGUCGCUUCCUGAUCGUGAGAGUUUCGCAUAUCAGCACUCUGAGACCCCCCGGUGACGGACUUGAUUUUUUCAACACCUCUCUGGUAAGUCCUUCUGUGGAUGCAGCAACCCGAUUCAUUGCCUGUGAGUGUAUGGUUCGUACUCACCAGGUGGGUAGUUCAUCGCCCGACUUGUAUUCAGUCCUGAAAUUGGUCGACCUGGGCAGCAGUGAAACCUAUUAUUCUUCCUAAGAGGAGAAAAGGACGAGAUAUUCUCAAACCUAUUUUGUCUCCGUUCGACUUCCAAUAUCCACUCGCUUUUCUGAAACACGGCCACAAACGUCCAUUCUGCUCCCGUUGGGCUUGACCUCACUGAGAGGAUAAUCUCGCUUUCAGCUAGGUACCGGCUUCUCAUAGGUGAUCUUAAAGUCCGUAUUGAGAACGUGGCUUGCGUCUGGUUCCAAUCCUGCAACUGGCCUUCCUUGAUUUCGGUCUCGAUUGUUGGGCACUUUCCACUGAUCUAGAGCCGUCAUUUCCACUCUUCUCACUCGCUUCGUGUCGUCGCUCGCUCUGUCUCGGAGAGCUUGCUGCAGGUCUUCCGGCGCACUAUCGUUCGCCCCAGAAUAAAUACACUGCCAUUCGCUUCUUUAAGUUGUUGUGUUCUGUUGCAGGUGCUGCAACACCUUCAAGCUGGCUUACUCGAAGACACACGGUAUUUUUUUCGACCCGGACUUCCAAACGCCUCUGGUUCUGGAUGAGACGUUGGAGUUCUCAGAUCCUGAAGAGUCCCAGUGUUUCGACGUGUUUUCAGGCGGCCUCUUGGCCAAGUCUGAACCCAUCCUUUCUAUGUCUGGUUACCAGAGAACCCCACAAGCGGCCGUGCUAGAUUGUGAUUCUGCCCAAUCUCUGCAGGAUGGCGCUGCUUAUUCUACUUACGGCCAGCCGGUUUAUAUGUCGACUCCCCUUGCCCCAUCUCCAAUGACCGACCAUAUAAGCCAGAUGUCCGAUUGCAUGCCAUACAUGGCGAAGCCUGAGUACGCUAGCUCCUACGAGGAUGAGAAGUCGCCAAUGAUUACUGUGGAACCUUGCCAGUUGCCCGAAGUCACUUCAUACUCACCCCAGCGAGGAUCCGAAGGAACGAGGGUUUUUGUGCAGCUGCAGUCACCCUACGACCUCCACACAACCCCCUAUGCAACACUCUACAUCGUGUUCGGAUCAAAAAAGUGCGAGUGCAAUCCGCACUUUCUCGGAUUCCGGGACUCUGCCUUCCAAUAUGCUCUCUCCGUCGACACGCCGCCAUUUAUGUCUACGGGGUCGCCCUCCCUGGCUGUUCCUCUGCAACUAGCGAUGGGCGGUCAAAAUGAAAGCCCUGCCACAACUCUGCAGGUGGGCGUUUAUACAUAUGAGAAUGCAGGACAGCAGUCGCCCUCUGAAGAUGGCCGGAAGAGGCGAAUUUCUUCCUUCUCUGCAGAUAGUACCUCCAGGCCGAUUAAGCGGGCGUCAACCCUUCCGGUGCAGAUCAAGGAGGAACAAUCUAGCUACGCUGCGCCUUACUCGCCAUAUCUGCAGCCACUUCCUUCCAUGAACGGAUUUGCCGCCUCGUAUCACACGGAUUCUUCGCCCCGGAUGGGUGCUACACAAUAUACAACCGUAUCGACAAACUCGCAGCCUUCGAUUCGUGCCCCGUCUCCCAUGGCCCCGUCGCCAAUGGCACCUUCGUGGAACUCGUCUUUCCUCUCGGUCAACCAUGAUCAGAGAGGUUCCGGGUAUGCAGUCGGCCGUGGCGUUUGCCAGCCAAAGCCCUCGUCACCUGCGAGCUUUUCGAACCCAACUCUCAUCCGUACCUCCACAUUGCAGCAGUCGGCUGGUGUCGUCCAAACACAAUCGUUCAACCCCUAUGCCAUGUAUCCGUCAAAGGCAGUAUUGAAGCUCAAUGGUGACCUAAAUACCAUGACGCAUAAUUGGACUCGGGAGGAGCAAGUUGCUCAGCGCCGCCUGGUUCAAUUUACACGAAUGCAAAGUGGCAGCACUAUUCACGCUGAUUUCAAGCCUGUGUCUCCCGAAGAGCGGGCUCCGAACAGCAUUUGUAUCAGCUGCAUUUAUUGGGAAGGCAAGGAUGAGUGUUUCAUCACGAGUGUGGACACUAUCUAUCUACUUGAGUCGCUCGUUGGAGUCCGUUUUACGGUGGAGGAGAAGAAUCGUAUUCGACGAAACCUGGAAGGCUUUAGACCUUUAACUGUGUCCAAAUCCAAAGCAGACAGCGAAGAGUUCUUCAAGGUUAUCAUGGGAUUCCCUGCCCCGAAGCCGAGAAACAUUGAAAAGGAUGUCAAAGUCUUUCCUUGGAAGAUUUUAGGCCAUGCUUUGAAAAAGAUCAUCGGCAAAUAUUCUGCAAGCUAUUCAUCUACCGCUGGGGCUCUGCCCACACCCAUUGGGUCCAACUACCCAAGUACUGGCCCCGCAUCUGACUCUGGCGCAGAAGGUCAAAGCGCUGCCUCUCCCCAGUCGAUAUCCGAAGGGACGCCCUCGAGCAGCUAUCACCAGAGCAAUGCAGUCCCAAUUUACUCGCCCCCGACUGAAACUGACGGACCAAUUCGAACAAUUCUACCCGCCGUCAGCCAGUCAUACUCAAAUAUGACUGCACCGUACUCUUAUACUACGGUCUGCCACUCAGGUCAGGUUGCACCCAGCGGCCCUGCAGCGAGGAGUUGGGAGCUCAACCAGCUUGCCACUCCUUCAACCAUGAAUGGACACCCGAAUCCUGGCAAUUUCAAUUACAUGCCUCCGAUGACUUAUUCUCAGUCUGAUUACCCCCAGGGACACUAGCGAACCGAGCUCGUGUCUCUGAUUGAUCGCAUUAGACGGCGUUAUAUCAUUUUGCAUAUUAUUCUACACUUUUCCGUCACUCCUUUUUGAUACCAUGGCGCGCUUGGUUUUAAAUCACGUUUUAACUACGGGGACUUUACCGUCCGGCAUGCUUCUAAUGAUUUUUUUUUUUGCAACGAUUUCACGUCUCUCCUUAACUAUCUCAUGUCUUGAUGCCCUGGUUUUUGACUUCCACGUUGACAUGAUGCAUUAUAGAUGAUCUGUUAUCCAUUCCUUUGGUUUUUUUGCAUUAUAUGCGGGGCAUUGAGAUACCAUUCCUUACGAACUUGUAUAAUUAUGCCGCAUGGGUGGCGCUGCUGUCCUUCCUUAUCACUUCGCAGGACUGGGAUACCAUUAUUGGACUGGAAAAGUGUGGAACGCAUUCUUGCUUGCGAUACCUCGAUUGCGCUGUUUGUUCGUCCUGAUUUUCUGAUUUUGCUUCAUUGGAUGUUUCUGUUUUUACGUGGACUCCGAAGAGAAUGUGCUCGAGGCUGGGUUCUCUGCUGCAUAGCUUUGGCGUUGUUUCACUGCUAAAUUGGUUUCUGCCCCUGUGGCUGUUUUAAUUUACCAAGUGAGGAGUACUAUAGCACUUAUGCUUAUCUCAUCAGUUUAAUAGUGAUUUUAGGAUAUUCAGUAACUCAGGCUUGCCUAUCCAAUAUAGCUUGUAAACGUCACGGACAA